CAGUCGAUUGCCGAAAAACGUCACAAAUCGCAAGAAAUGGAAUUAUUUUUGUGCUUGAUUUUAUAAAUUUUAAUUAAACAUGCUCCACAAACAUGUAAUGAGCCGCUGAAGUACACGUGUAUAUUUACUAGUGGUUAUUCAGUGCUUGUGAUUUUAUUCGUAUAUAACUUUAAACAAACACCCUCAGAAGUCAAAAUACCAUUUAAACAUAAUUUUAUUACAACUUGGACAAAAAACAUAAAUGUCCAAAAAUGAAUUUACUAAACAUUUAUGUUUUAUGUUUUUGCUUUGUUCUGGCGGCUUCUGAGCUACUGGGUCCGGAGUCAAGGAGACGGCUCAGUAAGCAGAAAGAAGUCGAUGACAAAGAUGACGAAACUGUAGAAAACGAACGAGCUGUUGACGCCGAAGAUGUAAAGAAAACUCUGGAAACUAUUAAUAAUGAUGUAUAUGCAGGAUACAAGUUUCUAGAUAACGUAGUUAAGAAUCGCAGACAGCUAAAAGUUGAGGAACUGAAUCCAAAUGAAGCGGUAAUAUCAGAAAAGGAACUUGAGGAGAUGGAGCUAGCACUAAAAUGGCUGCAGAGCAAAAUAAAACCAGAGAGUGCGUUGCUGCAACUAGAGGCUCGUCUCGAAAGUGAACCUGAGAAACUGGAUGAAGACCCACAAGAGCUACUGAACAAAUUACCAGAACUUCCUGAAGAAGAAACAGAGCUGUCUCCGGAAUUAAAAGAAGCCAAAGAAAUAUAUGAUGAUGCUGUGAAAAAAUUAGAGAGGAGAUCGCCAGACCUACUGGGCUCUAUAUUGCAAAUAAAGAGAGCUGCGGAAUAUGGAUAUGCACCUGCAAAAAUCAAGCUGGCUUGGUCGUACCUCUUUGGAGAAGGUGUCGAACAUGACAUAAUGAAGGCAAAGAUAACAUUUGAGACGUUGGCGGAAGAAGGCAAUGCUGAUGCACAUGCUGGCCUAGGAUUUUUGUAUGCAACUGGCAUUGGUGUGCCGGUGUCACAAGGUCGUGCGCUGAUACACUACAUGAUUGGUGCGCUGGGUGAUAGCGACUUUGCUCAGAUGGCUCUGGCUUACCGCUACUGGAGCGGGGCAACUCUCCCCUCAUCCUGCCCCAAAGCUUUGGAGCUAUACAUGAAAGUGGCCUCUAAAGUGGCGGGUUCGGUGACGCUGAGCGGUGGGCCGGCGAUCCAGCGAACGCGGCUGGCGGACGAGGCGGAGUCGGGUGGCGCGCUGGACUCCGACCUCAUAGAGUACUACCAGCUGCUCGCCGAGAAGGGCGACGUGCAGGCCCAGGUGGGGCUAGGUCAGCUCCACUUCCAGGGCGGUCGCGGCGUCACGCUGGACAUAUCGAAGGCGCGACACUACUUCUCCCAGGCCGCCAAGACCGGCAACGCUGUCGCUAACGCCUUCCUCGGCAAGAUAUAUCUGGAGGGUGGAGAUGGAAUCAAGGCGGACAACGAGACGGCUCUACGCUACUUCCGGAAAGCGGCGGAACUCAACAACCCUGUUGGACAGAGCGGCCUGGGCAUCAUGUAUCUGCAGGGUCGCGGUGUGCCGAAGGACACGGCGACCGCUUUCAAAUACUUCGCGAUGGCGGCCAACCAGGGCUGGGUGGAAGGACAGCUGCAUUUAGGAUUUAUGUAUUUCGGCGGCAUCGGCGUGCGGCGCGACUUCAAGCAGGCGAACAAGUACUUCUCGUUGGCGUCGCAGUCCGGCCACGUGCUGGCUCUCUACCACCUCGGCCAGCUGCAUGCGCAGGGGCUCGGCGUGCUGCGCUCCUGUACUACUGCCGUCGAGCUGUUCAAGAACGUGUGCGAGCGCGGGCGGUGGUCGGCGCGCCUGAUGCGAGCGCACGCGACGUGGCGGGCGCGCGACGCCGACUCCGCAUUCCUGCAGUACCUUGCGCUGGCUGAACGCGGCCUUGAGCUCGCGCAGACGAAUGCCGCCUACUUACUAGAUGAGGGCGAAGUCCAGCUGUUCGGACCGGAGGAGCGUUGGCGUCGCGCGCUGCAGCUGUGGGGGCGGGGCGCGGCGCAGGGCCACGCCCCCGCGCGCGUCAAGCUCGGUGACUACCACUACUACGGCCAAGGCACACCGCAAGACCUGGAGGCCGCUGCGCACCAUUACAGGAUAGCGUCGGAGCACCUGCAUAGCGCGCAGGCGACGUUCAACCUGGGCUACAUGCACGAGCGCGGGCUGGGGCUGGCGCGCGACGCCCACCUCGCCAAGCGCUGCUACGACCUGGCCGCGGACGCCAGCCCCGACGCCCGCCUGCCCGCCGCGCUCGCGUCCGCGCGGUUAGCUGCCGCCGCCGCGCUCACUAGCCUCGCUGAGUAUGUAUCGCAGAGUCCGCUGGCGGUGAUAUUCCUGUCGGGCGAGUCGCCGCUCCUGUCGAACUGGGACCUGUACCUCAUCACGGCGCUGGCGGGCGCGCUCGGCCUCGUCGUCUACCUGCGCCGCCCCGCCGCCGCCUAGGGCCGCGUUAGCACUGUUUGAGAUUCGUUCAUGACAGGGCAGAGGUAGGAGGUAUCUUUUACAGUUUGAUCGCACAUUUAUUAGCACGCACGCGCCGAACGUGCCGCAUUUUAGAAUUCGUUGUAUAACACCUCGCACAUUCGCCCGCAUCGUACGUGCCGCAUUUCGUGUACUAUGCUGUGCUUUCGACGCGUACAGCGCGUACGGUGCUGACAAAUGUGCGAUCAACUUUAUUUAUAAUGAAAUUUAUCAAAACGAAAAUAAUAAAAUUUGGUAAUCCGUAAAACCUAAUGUAGAUGGCGUUAGUGGACACUAUCGCUUGCUCAAAACGCUCUAUAUUUAUCACGAUGUUUGAAUUAUUGUAAUCCCGGAUUUUUAAUGAUUGUUUAGCCUAAAAACUACGAUACAGAUCGUUGAUAUUGCGAUGAAGAACCAACGGCAUAGUAUGAAAUCCUUUCGGGUUUAUUAACGGAAGUCAUACAAGAUAAAUUCUUACCUCUACCCUACGAUUCAGUAACCAUAUUGGUGUACUUUGACAUAUUCUUAAGAAUUUAUUGUAUAUCGAUGUGGAUUUAGGACAUAAAUCGCAGAAUUUUAUGGACUAGUGUGAUACAUGGUUGUCUGAUUAAUCUUUAAGAAGUUGUGGCUAACCAUGCCCGAGUAUUACAUAGUCUUAAAUGGACAGUGUUCAUUGGUUUUAUCCUUAAACGGUUUAAAUCAUAAAUGAAAAAAGUCUUUGUUAAUAACUAUCAGUAAUUAAAAUUAUUGUUAUAUUUGUUUUAUUUUUAUUAUUU